GGGAGCGGAGCGGAGCAGCUACCCACCUCUCCACCUCCCCUCAGUCUAGGUCGGGGAACCUCAGUGGAGGGCGGGCGUCUCGGGUCCUUUGCCCACCCUGCCACCCGUCCCAUGGCAUCUCGGUCUAUACUACCAGAACCGGCCCUGGCAGAAUGUAGUUUGCGGAGCUUGCCGGUGGGGGCGGGGCAGACAGGUAAAUAAAAGAAGAACCUAGUGACAAGCCCAGACAUUACCAUCAUGGCUUCAGAGCCUCCUCAUGAUGAAAAGGAACCUAAAACGCCACACCUACCACCAGACAAACAGAGCCUGCUGUUUUGUCCCAAAUCAAAGGUCCACAUCCACAGAGGAGAGAUCUUAAAGAUCAUCCGUGAGUGUAAAGAAGAAAGUUUCUGGAAGAGAGCUCUCCCUUCUGCCUUGGUAGGAAUGCUUAUUACUCAAGGACUUGUCCACAAAGGUUACUUAGCCUCAAACCCAAGGUUUGGAUCAUUGCCGAAAGUAGCACUUGCUGGUAUCUUGGGAUUUGGCUUGGGGAAGGUGUCAUACAUAGGAGCAUGCCAAAAUAAAUUUCACACCAUAGAAUUCGAACUCCGCGGGGCAGGUUUUGGUCCAGGCCAUAACAGGCACUGCCUCCAGACCUGUGAAGAUUGCAAGAUAAAGCAUGAAUUGAAUCAGAAGAGCGGUUCUCAGGCCUCUGCUUCCUAAGCUGGUGUCUGCCUUCAGAGCCUCCCCAGGCCUUUGAAUUUAUAUAUAUUUCAUGUUCCCUUUGUACCUUCACAUGAGAUGCAUCUACCAAACUGGAAUGAAAUGGAUGCUGCUCUCUACUCGUCAAUGCUCAUGUUUUGUACAUGUGAUUCUGUUAUUAAAUCUUACUAUAAUGAGAUUCUCACCUGAAAUAUAAGCUUUUAACCUGCA